AUGAACGAGGCCAAGGUCAAGGAGACGCUUCGGCGCUGUGGGGCCAGCCCUGAGGAGUGUAGUCGCCUGCAGUAUGCCCUCACCUGCCUGCGGAAGGUGACAGGACUGGGAGGGGAGCACAAAGAGGACUCAGGCUGGAGUAUGUCAGAUGCUCGGCGGGAAAGCUCCUCAGGGCCUUCCACGGACAGCCUCUCACCAGCCAGCCUGCCCUGGCCCCCGGGGAGCUCCCAGCUGGGCAGAGUGGCCAACAGCGCCCAGGGCCUGCGCUCCGUCUCCGUGUCAGCUCUGCCCUCCUCGGACUCCCCCACCCCUGGCCUCAGUGAGGGCCUCUCGGACACCUGUGUACCCCUGCACGCCAGCGGCCGACUGACCCCCCGCGCCCUGCACAGCUUCCUCACCCCUCCCACUACACCCCAGCUGCGCCGCCACUCCAAGCUGAGGCCACCACGGACGCCACCCCCACCCAGCCGCAAGGUCUUUCAGCUGCUGCCCAGUUUCCCCACACUCACCCGGAGCAAGUCGCACGAGUCCCAGCUGGGGAACCGCAUCGAUGACGUCUCCCCGAUGAGGUUUGAUCUCCCUCAUGGAUCCCCACAGAUGGUACGAAGGGACAUCGGGCUCUCAGUGACACACAGGUUCUCCACCAAGUCCUGGCUCUCACAAGUCUGCCACGUGUGCCAAAAGAGCAUGAUGUUUGGAGUGAAGUGCAAGCAUUGCAGGUUGAAGUGUCACAACAAGUGCACAAAAGAAGCCCCUGCCUGUAGAAUAUCCUUCCUUCCACUAACAAGGCUUCGGAGAACAGAAUCAGUCCCCUCAGACAUCAACAACCCAGUGGACAGAGCAGCUGAACCCCAUUUCGGAACCCUCCCCAAAGCACUGACAAAGAAGGAGCAUCCUCCAGCCAUGAACCACCUGGACUCCAGCAGCAACCCAUCCUCCACCACCUCCUCCACGCCUUCCUCGCCAGCGCCCUUCCCGACAUCGUCCAACCCUUCCAGUGCCACCACGCCGCCCAACCCCUCACCGGGACAGCGGGACAGCAGGUUCAAUUUCCCAGCUGCCUACUUCAUUCAUCAUAGACAGCAGUUUAUCUUUCCGGUGCCAUCUUCUGGCCAUCACUGGAAAUGCCUCUCUAUUGUAGGAAAUUUAAAGGAAAAAACUUUCAACAUCUCGACCUUCGCACAGGCAGCCCCGCUCCCCGAUGCUGCGGACAGCACCCGGCUCGACGACCAGCCAAAAGCAGACGUGUUAGAGGUUCACGAAGUGGAGGCUGAGGAGCCAGAAGCUGGCAAGUCAGAGGCCGAAGACGAUGAGGAGGAUGAGGUGGAUGACCUGCCAAGCUCCCGCCGGCCCUGGCGGGGACCCAUCUCCCGCAAGGCCAGCCAGACCAGCGUGUACCUGCAGGAGUGGGACAUCCCCUUUGAGCAGGUGGAGCUGGGUGAGCCCAUCGGGCAGGGCCGCUGGGGCCGGGUGCACCGUGGCCGCUGGCAUGGUGAGGUGGCCAUCCGCUUGCUGGAGAUGGACGGCCACAACCAGGACCACCUGAAGCUGUUCAAGAAGGAGGUGAUGAACUACCGGCAGACACGGCAUGAAAACGUGGUGCUCUUCAUGGGUGCCUGCAUGAACCCUCCCCACCUGGCCAUCAUCACCAGCUUCUGCAAGGGGCGGACACUGCACUCGUUUGUGAGGGACCCCAAGACAUCUCUGGACAUCAACAAGACGAGACAGAUUGCUCAGGAGAUUAUCAAGGGCAUGGGAUAUCUUCAUGCCAAGGGCAUCGUACACAAAGAUCUCAAAUCUAAGAACGUCUUCUAUGACAAUGGCAAAGUGGUCAUCACAGACUUUGGGCUGUUUGGGAUCUCGGGUGUGGUCCGGGAAGAACGGCGGGAGAACCAGCUGAAGCUGUCCCACGACUGGCUGUGCUACCUGGCCCCAGAGAUCGUGCGCGAGAUGACCCCUGGGAAGGAUGAGGAUCAGCUGCCGUUCUCCAAAGCUGCUGACGUCUAUGCUUUCGGGACUAUUUGGUAUGAACUUCAAGCAAGAGACUGGCCCUUUAAGAACCAGGCUGCAGAGGCCUUGAUCUGGCAGAUUGGCAGCGGUGAAGGCAUGAAGCGAGUCCUAGCAUCUGUCAGCCUGGGGAAGGAAGUCAGCGAGAUCCUGUCUGCCUGCUGGGCUUUUGACCUGCAGGAGAGACCCAGCUUCAGCCUGCUGAUGGACAUGCUGGAGAAGCUGCCCAAGCUGAACCGCCGGCUCUCCCACCCUGGGCACUUCUGGAAGUCAGCUGAGUAA